CAACAGAUGGCUUGGGCUGUCCUGAUUCACUCAGAGUCGCUGGUUGAAUGAGAGCUCAGAGAAACAGAGAGAGAGAGUGAGAGCGAGUGAGGGGAAAUGAAACCGUAGAGGGACUUCUGCCUUUUUUUUCCGUUCUGCCUCUCAUUUAAAUUUCCCUCCUCGCUUCAUCUGUAAAACUAUAUGUACUUUUUCUCUUUCUGUUUCAAACACAGCUGUUUGGUCAGCCUGUCAGCAGCCAAAUAAAACGACACUCACGUCUGUGAUGAUGGGUUUAUGAUCCCACAACUCCAAUCAGUCUUAAACAGGAGGAAACCUGCUCUCUGUCAGAUUCCAGAGGACUGCUGCUCAAGUGUUGAACUACUGAGCUACAGCAUCCCUCCAGUGGCCCAGACAAGGAGUCAUCGAUUAUACAUGCCAAGCACCCACUCCGAUGAUCCGCAUAGCCGAGCGCUGGGAAGAGACCUGGGUCAUUGUACACGGAACAGAAAAGAGGACUGAAGAAUCGUCUUCUUUUCGGACCAGGACACCUAAGAGCAAGGAAGAGCAAUUUCUGCCUUGAAAGUGAGAGUUAGUCUGGAGAGAUGGCACUGCUCGGGCUCUCCAUCGGGCUUCUCAUCGCGCUAGGCUCUCUGUCUCUGGGCGAUGGCUCCAUAUUCCUGUCCAACCAACGCCUGAAGGGCCGUUUCCAACGAGACCGGCGCAACAUCCGGCCGAACAUCAUCCUCAUUUUUACAGAUGACCAGGACGUCGAACUGGGCUCCAUGCAGGCCAUGAACAAGACGCGGCGGAUCAUGGAACAAGGCGGCAUUCACUUCUCCAACGCCUUCGUCACCACGCCCAUGUGCUGCCCGUCACGGUCCUCCAUGCUGACGGGGAAGUACGUCCACAACCACAACACCUACACCAACAACGAGAACUGCUCCUCGCCGUCCUGGCAGGCCCAGCAUGAGCCCCACACCUUCGCCGUAUACCUCAACAACACCGGCUACCGCACAGCUUUUUUUGGGAAGUACCUCAAUGAGUACAAUGGGUCCUACGUCCCACCGGGUUGGAAGGAGUGGGUGGGUUUGGUGAAGAACUCCCGGUUCUACAACUAUACCCUCAGCAGAAAUGGCGUCCGGGAAAAACAUGGCUUCCAAUACCCCAAGGAUUACCUGACUGACCUCAUCACUAACGACAGUAUCAGCUACUUCCGCAUGUCCAAGAAGAUGUACCCCCACCGCCCUGUGCUCAUGGUGCUAAGUCACGCUGCCCCCCAUGGGCCAGAGGACUCUGCUCCCCAGUACUCCAACGCCUUCCCCAAUGCCUCCCAGCACAUCACGCCAAGCUACAACUACGCCCCCAACCCCGACAAGCACUGGAUCAUGAGGUACACUGGCCCCAUGAAGCCCAUCCACAUGGAGUUCACCAACAUGCUCCAGAGGAAGAGGCUGCAGACGCUGCUGUCGGUGGACGAUUCAGUGGAGAGGGUCUACAACAUGCUGGUCGAGACAGGUGAACUAGAGAACACCUACGUCAUUUACACCGCUGACCACGGGUAUCACAUCGGACAGUUCGGGCUGGUCAAGGGCAAAUCCAUGCCAUAUGAGUUUGACAUCCGGGUGCCAUUUUACAUACGGGGACCCAAUUUGGAGGGAGCUACAAUUAAUCCACACAUUGUUCUGAACAUCGACCUGGCACCCACUAUACUGGACAUUGCUGGUCUGGACAUUCCACCUGACAUGGAUGGCAAGUCUAUUCUCAAGCUCCUAGACACGGAAAGGCCAGUGAACAGAUUUCAGUUUAAUAAGAAGGCAAAAGUGUGGAGAGAUUCCUUCCUUGUGGAAAGAGGUAAGCUGCUGCACAAGAGGAAUGAUGGGAAGGAAGUUGCACAAGAGGAGAACUUCCUGCCAAAGUACCAGCGUGUGAAGGACCUCUGCCAGCGUGCAGAGUACCAGACACCCUGCGAGCAGCUGGGCCAGAAAUGGCAGUGUGUGGAAGACCCCACAGGCAAGCUCAGACUGCAUAAGUGCAAAGGAAUGGCAAUGCAGUCUGUAUCCCGGAAACAUGGCUUGGCCAGCAUGAAGUCCCAGUUCUAUGCCCGCAGCUCUGGAGGUUGUGACUGUGAUUCUGCCGACUACAGAAUCAGCCCCUUCAAGAAGAAGAAGCUUCUGACCAAGAAGAAGUUCAAAGCCAACAAGAGCUACACCCGUAACCGUUUGUCACGGUCAGUGGCGGUGGAGUUGAAUGGCGAGCUCUUCACUGUGGAACUGGAGGACGGCUACCAGCCUGUGGCGCCCAGGAACACCAGCAGGCGCCACACUCUGGAGGACGAGGCGCCAGAUGAAGAAGAGGACUUCAGCGGGAUGGGUGGCACCAACAGCCCCAGCGUCAGCAACAAUCUGUUGGUGCCCUCCUCCAUCAAGGUCACUCACAGGUGCUCCAUACUGGCUAAUGACACGGUGAAAUGUGAUGUAGGUCUAUACAAGUCACUCCAGGCGUGGAAGGAUCACAAAUUGCAUAUUGAUCAUGAGAUUGAAACUCUGCAAACCAAAAUAAAGAACCUGAGGGAAGUCAGAGGGCACCUUAAGCGAGCCCGUCCUGAGGAUUGUGACUGUAAUCGGUACAGCUACCAGUCUAAGCACAAGGGAAAACUGAAGCAUAAAGGAGGUGGCCUUCACCCUUUUCGAAAAGUGAUGCAGGAGAAGGACAAGAAGCAGUGGCUGCUGAAGGAGCAGAAACGCAAGAAGAAACUGCGCAAACUGCUCAAGAGGCUGAGGAACAAUGACACCUGCAGCAUGCCGGGCCUCACCUGCUUCACACACGACAACCAGCACUGGCAGACUGCUCCGUUCUGGACAAUGGGUCCCUUCUGCGCUUGCACAAGUGCAAACAACAACACGUACUGGUGCAUGAGGACCAUCAAUGAGACUCAUAACUUCCUGUUCUGCGAGUUUGCCACGGGCUUCUUGGAGUACUUUGACCUCAACACAGACCCAUACCAGCUCCUGAACGCAGUGAACACGCUGGACCGCCACGUCCUCAACCAGCUGCACGUGCAACUGAUGGAGCUGCGCAGCUGCAAGGGGCACAAGCAGUGCAACCCUCGCACCCGCAACCUGGAGAUCGGGGACAGAUUUGGGAAGGAUGGGAAGGUUAAGCCCUUUGAACCCCACCCUGUGAAUUUCUCCAGAGAGAACAACUGGUUAGAACUUGAAACCUUGUACAGACUUGACGAGCACGCCUACGAUCUCGAACUGAAUUUUAACGUAAGCCUGGAAGAUUGGACCAAUUUUGGGUGUGCUGUAGAUAGAAUGUUUGAACUGCUGGACAACGUCAAUGACUUCACAGGACGCCACAUCCGACACAAGCCCACUGGGACCUACUUGGGGCAGGAAGGAGAUCCAGCACUGGCAUGUACCAGCCAAUCCACCGCCACUCUCUACCUGACCAUCGCCACCCCAGCCUUCCUCCUCCGUGAGGCUGCUGCAGAGGCUUUGUGGGACCUUCUGGGGCUCGACCGAGAAGAGACCAUCGCUCCUCCCUCCACCCCAGACGAGGGCAGCAGCUCAAGUCAGGGAGAGUCGCAUGCUUUUCUCCACAAGCUGUGCGAGGAUGGCAAUCAGAUUCCACACAAGGAGGAGGAGGAGGAAGAAGAAUUGGAGAGCCACAACCCCACUCCCAGGAGUGCUACUCACACUUCCUGUAACAGCAGUCACUUCAGAGGAGAGGACACGCAGGAACUGUCCGACUGAAGCAACAGUUUUGUUUGCGAAACAGUUUCAUCAAGGAAUUUGCAACUAUACCAAGAUGGAAUUACACCCUCCUUAUACAACCCCAUGUUUUCAAGCUGACUAAAUUGCAUAGGCAAGGGAUGAAAAUCUUUUCAUAAUAAUGUUCAUCCUCUUUUUAAGAUGGUCUUAGACUUCUAGCGACUUAAGUAAAUUUGAGAAGUAAUUCAUGUUCAUGGCUAACAAAUGUUACCAAGGCUUCAAUUCGUAAAGUAAAAAAAAUCUUUUAAUAUAAUUUUGGUGACAGGGGAAGCUUUUGUAUUAUGUUUAUACCUGUUCAGAUCUCUGGAUUGUGGCUAUAUAUUUCUUUUUCUCAGCUGUAGUGUUCUUGGCACUUUGGAUUUGACAGAUUUUUAAUUCUGGCAUUCAGUUUAGGGGGUAUUUACUUUUAAAAAAAGGAAGACGUGUCACCUGCCCUGUAAAAGCAGACCACAAGGAUUGCACUUCCUGUCUGAAUGCAUUUCCAAGUUAACAGUGCAUGCAGUGACUGCAGUACUGAUUUCAGCAGCAUCCUACAUAGCUGAUGCAUCAGCAUAGACAGAUUCAGUUUUAUUAAGUUUUCUUUUUCAAUGCCACUUGUUUUGGAUGUUGCUUUGCCUUUUUUAAAAUUAUUUUUAUCCAGUGUAUUAAAUACUCUUGUGGGAGUAAUUUUCACAAGUGUUUGAUUUUCCACUAAGUAACGGACUAUGAUGAAUUCACAUACUGUAGCUCAGCAUGUGGGGCAUUAUUUAAGAAGCAAUAGUAUUCCAGUAAAUGCACAUAGAGUUCUUAAGACAACACAGUGGCACAGAGCAAGAGGAUAGUAACUUGUUCAUUUUUUGGAUUAUGUUGAUAUUGAUUGCUUAGUUUAACCCUGGGACACAACUAGACUUAAGCAAUUUCAACAGAAAUGACUAAUGAUGCCAGACUUAAAAGAAUCUUCAGAGUAUGAUGUGAAGAAGGAUGACUGGAGGCCUAAUGGAGAUUCAUCACUGUUAGAAGUGUUUUAUUCAGCUUGUACAGUAUUGGCCUUUCAUUCUCUGAAGGAUAAUCUAAGUUACCAAGCACAAUAUACUGUAAUUGCUUUUGUCGAUUUCAUAUGUCUAUUUCUUAGAAAAAAGUGUAUGUAACAAAUGUCACAAUGUUAGAUUGCUGUUCCUGCAAUUUUGUCUUCGCUAUACUUUGGUGCUAUGACAGUUUAAGCAAAUAUACUAAAUUGCUGUAUGUAUAUGAAUGUAUGUUUUGCAAUUAAUAUAAAUGUCAGAAUAUAUUUUAUAAUACACAAAUGAGAUAAGAUGGCAUCUUCAACAGUGUUCUGCAUAACAAAAAAUAUUUAAGAAAUAACAGUAUUACCUUGAGAAUUUUGUAGGUCCACAAACAGGACAGGAUAUUGGCCAAAUGCACAAACAUUUCUGGGGAUAAGAACUGCCUAUCUCAGCUCCAUGUACUUUUAUAGAGCCUGUUGAAGUGAAUUACAAAGGUCUCACAAAAAUUGGAUUUCUUUUUUCUUUCAAGACAAAAAAAAACUUGGAUCUUUUGGUAAGCACUUUUAAAAAGGGACUACUGUAUCUGACAAAAGAGUUUAAAUGGAAAUAAACAGACCAAGACUUGUAUAUAAAUCUUGCAUACAUGUUUUCUUUGGCUUAUCAGUGAGCAUUUGAUAGUUUAUGAGUUUGUGAAUAAAGUGUUGAAUGCCUAGGUAUCCCAUUUCUAUAA